AAAGGUCAAGGAAAAUAAAAAACUGGAUAAGAAGCGACGAGCAGAGGAGAGAAGGAGAGAGAAAAUUUUAGGAGGCAACCAACAGAACCCUCAAACUACGGAUACCAGGGAUGUCAUGGUGGUGUCAUGUCAUGCUGGCAAGUUGACACGGAUAUAG